UAAUUUCACUAGAAAUCCGUUAUCUAUUUACUACUUUUGCUAUCAGAAGAAAGGUUUACAAAUUUUUCUAUGGAAGGCGACCAUCCAUCCCCUCGACCACGAAAGGUGCUUGGCGCUUCUCACAGCAAUAUACCUCGACCUAAAGUUUCCGCUACUGUACAAGCUGCUCGCAGUCUCAAGCGUAGAAGCAUUGGUACACUCAAUAAUCAACCGAGAGGCGCACCUCCACCAAAAAGGACCGCUACUAGUGCAUCUACUUCCAGACACUAUUCAGUGACCGCUCCUCUCCCGGAUCAUAUGAGAACGGGCAGAGCCACAAUGGCGAGCACUAGCUUGCAACGCUCUACCGUCACCACUCCCGGUAAUGUCCCGCGGUAUCUACACACAACAACCUCACUGGCGAGACGAAAUAAUGUAUCGUUGACAGCAGCAAGAACUCAGGAUGCGCGCCCACCAAGUAGCACAGCACGUCGGUCUACGUCAGUUACCCGCGAAGAUGCACGUACAGCAGAACUGCGGACGAAAUUACAGACCGCGGAAGCCGAAGUCAAUAAGCUGACUGCUGAAAACGAUCUCAUGAAGAGCCAGAUAACACUGAAAGACCAGAGCAUAACUACUCUACAGAGCUCUAUAGAAUGCAUUCGAGAAGCACUUGCGUUGAAAGACACUCAGAUUGGCACUAUGCAAGUGACACUGGACGCGGAGAAAUCGAAGUCCUCGGUUGUGCAGAUGAAGAAUGAGCAGCUUGAAAAUGAGCUUAGAGAGUCGAAAUUGGAGAACGAGAAAUUGAAGGCAGAGCUAAUCAACAAACGGACUGAACUCCUCGAGAAGGAUGAGACAAUAAGGACUCUAAACAACGAUGUGGUCGACUUAAAAGGACAGAUUCGAGUUGUAGUACGCGUCAGACCUUCACUUGGAAAAGAAAGGGAUGCUCCCAUCACUCACAUCAGCUACCCCGCAAUAUCCUCAAUCAAGCUGGAUCAGGGGAAAUUAUCGCAAACCUACGACUUCCAGAGCGUUUUUGGUCCAAACAUGACUCAGGCAAGAUUGUUCGCCGACGUGGAGGAGUUGAUUCUGUCUUGUUUACAUGGAUAUAACGUUUCGAUAAUUGCCUAUGGGCAAACAGGAAGUGGGAAGACCUUCACUAUGAGAGGAGGUGAUGGUGAUUCUGCCGGAAUAAUUCCUCGCGCGGUUCGGUUCCUUUUUCGUUCAAGAGACAAGCUUUCAGACUUAGAUUGGGUUUUUGACUUCGAAGCUUCAUUCCUGGAAGUGUACAACGAAGAAGUAUACGAUUUGCUGGCCAACAGAAACAAACUAGAGGUGAAGAUUGGGUCUGGAGUUACGGUUAUUACCGGUCUCAAGCAGCGCAGAAUUGUGGAUGAGGAGGAUAUUGAAAGUAUACUUGCCGUAGCGGAUCGCACAAGGUCUACUGCUUCUACAAAGUGCAACGAGCAAUCCAGUAGAAGCCAUGCCGUUUUUGCUCUCGCCAUUCACGGGACCAAUGGAACGACAGGAGUAUGCCGCAGCGCCACUUUGCAUCUCGUUGAUCUUGCCGGAUCCGAGCGCGUGAAAGAGUCUGGGGCUGAAGGCGACCGCUUUAAGGAGACGACAUAUAUCAAUUCCGCCUUGUCAAACCUUCAAAACUGUAUUCGUAGUCAGCUGAAUAAGAGCACCCACAUCCCCUAUCGGAAUUCUAAAUUAACAAUGUUAUUGCGGGACUCUCUUGGAGCAGGCAAUUCCAAGACCCUAGUCAUUGUAACUUUAAACCCAGCCAUAACACAGGCUGGGGAAACCAAACGUAGCUUGGACUUCGCUCAGCAGAUGAGCGUCACAAAGAUUGGAUGCGCCAAGAAACAAGAACAGUGAUCUUUAUUCUUUUUCUCUUUCUUAACUGGAUGUAGCACAUUUUUUCUGGUUUGCAUGCUGAUCGCUAGGUAGACAUAAUACUCUCAUUCAUCUCAAUUUUUGAUCCUUCUUAACGAAAUUAACGAUCUCUCAAAAACGAUCAAACUUGUGAAUAUUCUAUGUGAUAUCUUAUUAUUGGCUAAAUACUUAAUGUAUUGAGAAUUGGUGCUUAAAUGCUCUUUGUACCAUACGUUUAUUAUAAAAGGUUUUAUUUG